GUGCAGAGUGGAAGUGUUUAGCUCAGGAGAGCACAUACGUGAUCCUCAGCAGUGCGCAGCAGCAAACACAACCCGUGAUCGUAGGAGUCCAGAGCGCUCGUCUGCGCGCCGUCCAACGGAACAGCAACCAUGUAUCCCACAAUGAUGGAGUCGAUGCCCGUGUCUUAUGCCAGCACCAUGGGUGGUAUGAUGGGGCAUUACUUUGGCACCGGGAGUGCAGCAGCCAUGGGUGUGGGGCAGAUCCCCCCCUCGCACCACACGAACCCCCAUGCGCAGCAGCAGCCCCCUCAGCAGCCCCCGCAGCAGCCAGAGGCCACUCACCCCCAUCAGCAGACAACCCACACCUCUCACACACCUGCGCAGAACACACCUGAGACACUAACAGCGAGCAACCCCCAUCUCCGCCAGGCUGCACUCGUCACCCCCGUGUCGACGCCUUCGCCCGCGGACUCGACGGCUUCAGGAUGCUCCCCAAGCGGCUCCUCUCAGAAGAAGGAGAAUGGCUCCAAGGAGGACCAUAUCAAGCGCCCCAUGAACGCCUUCAUGGUGUGGUCGCGCAUGCAGCGCCGCAAAAUCGCCCAGGACAACCCCAAGAUGCACAACUCGGAGAUCUCAAAGCGCCUCGGAGCUGAAUGGAAACUCUUGACAGAGGCCGAGAAGCGCCCCUUCAUCGACGAAGCCAAGAGGCUCCGCGCCCAGCACAUGAAGGACCACCCCGACUACAAGUACCGCCCACGCAGGAAGCCCAAGACCCUGAAGAAGGACGGCUAUCCCUACAGCAUCCCUUACCCUGCAGUCUCCAUGGACCCCCUGCGUGGAGGUUUCCCCUCGCAGCUGUCUCCCUACUACUCCGCCAGCGCCGCCGCAGCUAACUACGGUUCCAUCACUGCUGCACACAUGGCUGCCGCCGCUGCAGCCGCAGCUGCCGCUCAACAGCAGCUCACCACACAGACUUCGCAGGCCAGCCCCGUCGGCUACGGCUACGACGCCUCCAAGUACAGCAGCUACAUGACCGGAGCCACGGGUUACCCCAUGAGCAUGUACGGAUCCGCCGCCGAUCCCAAAUACGGCGACGCCAGCAAGGCCGCGGCUGCGGCUGCCGCGUCCGCCGCCGUCGGAGGCUACGAAGCUGCCAAGUCGUACCUGGACAGCAGCAAGUAUCUGUCCGACAAGUACGGGCUGGAGAAGCCCACCUCGUACCUGGACAAGGUCGCCCAGGAGCCCAAGGACACAGAGAUGAAGAGCGCCUCGCCGGGCGUGGGCGCCGUCAACCCGGGCUCCAUGGGCGGCUACGGGUCGGCCGCGGGCGCCCUCAGCAACUACUACAGCCAGGCAGCAGGGAGCUCGGCCUUCCAGCCUUCCGGAGCCUUGAGCCAGGGCGUUCCCUCCACCAUGGCCGGCCUGCUGCAGCCAUCGCAGGUGGCCUCGUACACCAACGCUCAGUACCCCCCCGUCGGGGCUGACUACCGGAGGCCUUUGUCCGUGAUCUUCUAGAGCGCGCGCUGCGUGACCCGACGGCGGAGGAAAGCUGUUCUUGUUGACUGUGUGUGGUCAGUGCAGUGGUAGUUGGACCCCUUCCUGUACAUACCUAGUCACGGGGUCCUUGUACAUAUGUAAAUACGGGCAUGUUAGACGUCUUUCACGGAAUUUAUUUAUGCAAGUGCCUGGAUGUUGCUGUUGAUCUUGUUGGUUGAUGCUUACUGAGUUCCUGUCCACAGUACAAGCUAAGAGGAGUGCCUGGGAGAGCCACAAAACCAUCGUAUUCGGCAUUACGGUAUACCUAGAAGUGCAUGAACAAUUUAGACCUAAAAAACACAAAAAUUCCCCACAAAAAAAGAUUAGAACACCGACAACAAUUACUGCUUGUUGGAAAGAGAAAGAUGGCUCUCGGUUUGUUAGAGAAGGUAUAGAAGUGUAUUCCUUGGUACAAUUACAUAGAUCUGCUUUCGGUUGUGUGGUGUUGUUAUGCGUAAAAAUACAUUCUUUUUGUUGCAUGGUUCCCAACGCGAGCCUCUUGUUGUGGGUGCGCCUUGACCGCCCUCUGCCCAGUUAUGUUCCUAGCCCAAGUGCUGCCAUCUGCAGGCGUGUCUGCGAACACUCGUGAUGGAUUCAGCUGUAACAACGGGUUCUCUCAUGUAGUUAUAUAUUCAACAAUAAAUUAAACCUAAAUGAA